GGAAUCAAAGUUUCCAUUUGAACAACUUGAGUUUUACCCUUAUGCAUGCUUGCACCGUUCUUCUCGCACCAAACAGUGUAACUACACGUUGUUGUAGUCAUCACGAAGGAAUCCUGACUGUGCCAACUCGCCUGCGUGAAUUUUGCUUGUCACGGGAGACCGACGAGAAACAUGUCCACAGGCUUCUCCUUCCAGACGCAGCUCGUCUCCAUCAUGGAUGCGCUGUCCAAAACAGCUGUGAUGGAAAUAAGCAAACUGGUGGAGAUCGAGUCCAAGAUGCUGAAAAUAGAAAUAACAAGAGGGCGAAAUGAAAUCGCUUCUCUCACAGAGAAGCUACAGCUGAUGGAGAAGUUACUGUUCAUGGCUCAGGAGCGCAGGCAGGACACAGCAGCAGCAGCAGCAGCAUGCUCAGAGAUGAGGGAGUCUCCAGAAAAUAAAGCUUUUUUGGCUUCAGACAAUGCAAAUGCACUGCAUAGUAGUGGAACCACGUGGGAAAACAUACGAUCCUCAACAGAGAUGGACAGUUUGCACCAAAGUGACGAGCAUACUUCACCUGAAGUUGCAAACCCACCAAAUGACUUGUCUGAACUGAUAGUGGUAAAAGAAGAGCCAUCAGAUGUGGAAAACAAAAACACAGAACAAGACAGAACAAAUGAAGCAGCAGGAACGGAUGCAGUCAUGGAUACCCAAAAGGCUCCAAAUGUGAUGCAGCAUCCUAAACCAAGUGCAGGACACCAGCAACCUCUGUUCAUCAAUAGCUUUAUGAGUUCAAGCAGCCAGCAGCCUUGUGCUGACUCCAGGAGACAGGAGAUGCAGUGGAAUCCACAACUAACACCGGCUCACGCUACACUGCAGGAAGGGAAACAAGUGGUUCAAAACGUUGCCUCACAAAACAUCAGCGCAUCCAGGAAUGUGAAGCUCCACAGUUUUAGGAACUCGUCUGCAAAGAGGUUUGGCUGCAUGCAGUGUGGCAAGGGUUUCAGAUGCUUCAGCCAGCUUGAAAUUCACCAGCGAAGUCACACAGGCGAGAAGCCAUUCAGGUGCACGCUGUGUGGAAAGCGAUACGCCCAGAAAGGCCACCUGUACACACACCAGCGCACACACACUGGGGAAAAGCCCUAUCGAUGCACUAUUUGUGGAAAGGGUUUUAUUCAGAAGUGCACCCUUGAUAUGCAUCAGCGCACACACACAGGUGAAAAACCUUUUGUUUGUGUCAGCUGUGGCAAGGGUUUCACAAAGAAGUGUAAUCUGAAGAAACAUCUGACUCUGCAUCUAGACCCUGGCCUAAACGUCUAUGGAGGCGAGUCUUUUAGUGGAACAAUUAUACACGGAACCACAAAAUACUCAGCUACUUUUGGCGAGAUGAUGUGCGACAGCGCUAACAGGAGUUUUCGGACACAGCUGGCCGUCAUCCUGGACAGGCUAACAAAGGCGGCUUUGGCUGAGAUCAGCAGCCUGGCUGACGAAUGCUCCUCCGUCCUUCACACUGAGAUAUCUCUGCAUAAGACGGAGAACGAGGCGCUGAAGAAGAGGUGCUACUCUCUGGAGGUCCAGCUGAGAGCAGCCAGAGAGGGACAGACCUACCCUGCACAUGUCAACACCAGCGUCAGGCAACUUUCAGAUCAGCACCAGUCUUCUCCAGCCAUCGAAGGGGUAUUUGGGAAGGAUUGGUGCAUGGAUCUGUGGAGAGAAGAGAAGCUUCACCCUCAGAGAAGACUGCCAAUGGAGGCUGCUAUGACAAACAUAGGAGCAGAGGCAGCUGACAUGAUGGGGAGAGAACCUGAUCUUAUUUUUGUCAAAGAAGAGAUGUAUGACGAUCACCCUAUUGGUCAACAGAUGAGUCGUGCUGACAACAGGAAAAUGGUUGGGAUGUUUGAAGACGACAGCAUGCUUCACAGAUCCGUCGAUGAACUGCAGCUUCACUCAGGGGAAUUGAAUAAUUUCCCCAUGAUGUCGGACGGACAAAUGCUACAGCGGGCACAGCCGACCAUCGCGGACAGAUUAAUAGAGGACGCAGCAAUGGGCAGUCUUGUGGAAAACACCAAUCCUCCUCCAGCCUCGGUGGAACCCUCAGAUUACACAAACUGUCUCCAAACAAACACAACCAAAGAACUCCCCUUUCAGCCCAAACUUGUUAAGGCACCAAAGCGGUUUGACUGUUUAUUCUGUGGAAAAAUCUUUAACUAUUUAAGCAGCUUAAAAGUGCACAUCAGACGGCACUCGGGCGAAAAGCCUUUCAGCUGCUCUGUGUGCGGAAAACGAUUUGCUCAGAAAACGUACCUGAAGCUGCACCAGCGAGUGCACUCUGGUGAAAAGCCUUACAGCUGUCCAGACUGUGGCAAAAGUUUCUCCCAGAAAAGCUCCUUAAACAUACAUCUUCGAACGCACACGGGUGAAAAGCCUUACAGCUGCGUGGGAUGUGGCAAAUGCUACGCGUAUAAAUAUGGUUUAAAUCACCAUCAGUGUUUCAACUGGAUGGUCAAACCAGAGGUAUUUGACACAGGUCCUCUCAGCACUGCUCAGAGUGACUCAACAUGCGGCAGUAUAUCUUUACUAACAUCCAACAUGGAGGAAAAAUACUGAUGUGGAACAAAGAGAGCUGGAUUGUAUUAUCUACUGUCACCUGUGCUACUGUUUGUCAUAUUUUUUAGACUAACAUAGCAGUGGCUAAACAAUAGUUGAGCUUAUUUGUUCAUUAUAAUAGAUUAUUUAUUCUCACAGGUUUGACUGAUCGGCCACCAAGAAAUGAAAACAUCUUGCCUUCAUGUCAUUGUUGCAUGUGUUUGUUCCUAAUAUAUCAGGCCACAGAAGGACUGUCCCAAGAAAUACCAAAUUAUUGACUUUGGGAAAAUGGUCCUGGCCGACCUCUAAAACUACCUCCUUGGAACAAAAAGGUGAAACAAGUUUGUUCCUUUGACCAGCUCUUUAUUUGUUCGACACCAUAUUUAAUUCUUUUUCAUUAAAAUGAAACCGAAGUCAUUUUUCCUGAAAUAUAACUAUAAUUAAUUUAUCUCUUGGUGAUAUAUUUAAAUAAGCUCCUCAGGCUGUAAUUGAUAAUAUUGUUACUGUUUGAAUAGUUACUUUUAUGGUUCCACCGUGAUUAUAAAUUGAAGAGAAAUUGUCAACAUUCUGUAAUGUAGUCUUAUUUCAUUCCUAUGCCUAAUAGAAAUUGCUUUCUUUGAAUGUAAAGCUUGCCUGAGCUGAUUCUGUUCCAGAGACGGUUCUAGCAGCAUCGAUUUUACUAGCAUAUAACUGAAAUUGAGUUUUAUGAAAUAAAACAAAAUAAAACAUUUGUAC